CUGAUUUUUAGAGAGAAGAAAAGGAAGAUGGGAUGGUGAUUUGGGAUAGUUUGAAGAGGGUUUUUCAUUUUCUUGGGGAACAAGAAGCAGAGCUACAGGAUUAGGUUUGAGGAACUAAUCCUAUAUGUACAAUUGCUUGCUCAUAAGUACCUGUCCACUGCCAUGUUAUAUCCCUUUGGUUCUCAGCCGAACCUUGACCAAGAGGAACAAAUUCAAUGAAUCACAAUGAAAAAUCUGAACUAUUUUCUGAUAGUAAUUGAUGCUCCAAUGGAUGGUUGUCCUAAUGGCCAAGGAAAAUUAGAGAAAAAGCUAAUCUGAGUGCUUCAUAGAGCAGGUUCUUGAGAGAGAGAUAUGGCGGAAAGUGCAGCAGCAUUUGUCAUAGAGAAGUUGGGAGAACACCUCGAGAAAAAUUUGACACUCCUCUUAGAAGUGGAAGGAGAUGUUCAGUGGAUCAAAGACGAGCUUGAAAGCAUGAGAGUGUUCUUGAAGAGUGCUGAUAAGAAAAGUGAUACUAAUGAAGCAUUGGAUGCUUGGGUUCGACAAGUGCGAGAUGUGGCCUACGAUGCUGAAGAUGCCCUUGAUGAAUUCAUUUUGCGAAUGGAGGGUACAGAACAGCUCAAUGGAUGCAUCGAGUGCUUGAUCUCUCUUGCUCACUUUGUCGAAAUACUAAGGAUCAAACAUGAGGUAGGAACCAAGAUACGGAGCAUUAAAGAGCGAGCUCGUGAGAUUUUCGCGAGAAGAACAAGGUUCAAUCUUGAAAAAGAAGAGAUGACAUCAAAUAUCACUUCUAGCGGACAGGAAUCUCCAUUGGCAAAUUCAUAUUCGGUUGAGGAUGAACAUUUGGAGGGAAUUGGGAAGAAAGUGCAGAUGCUGGAAGGAUGGUUAGUAGAUGGUGAUCUACAAGUGAAGGUAAUCUCAAUUUUGGGAAUGGGUGGUCUAGGGAAGACUACUCUUGCCAAAAGAAUUUAUAACAUGGAAAAUAUAAGGAAACACUUCAAUUGUUGUGCUUGGGUUACAGUUUCACAGCAAUUUACAAAAAUUGAAAUUUUGAAUUCCAUUCUGAAAGGAUUUUCUCAAAGUCAUGAAGACGAGAUAGACGAGGGAAAUUUACGGGGAAAAAUCCACGCAUGUUUACAAGAUAAGAGAUACCUCCUGGUGUUAGAUGAUGUGUGGAGCGAAGAUGUGUGGGGAUGGGUUCAUACCAUGUUUCCUGGUUUAGUAAAUGGGAGUAGAUUCCUCAUCACAACUCGCAUUGCAGAAGUUGCUUCACCCAUGCAUGUAAGGAGCAUGAUUUACUCGCUCGAACCGCUAUCAAAAGAGGAGGCAUGGUCCCUGUUUUGCAAAAAGGCAUUUUGGAUAGAAGAUGGGAACACUUGUCCCUUGGAUUUGGAGGAAGAAGGGCGACAAAUUGUCAAGGAAUGUGAUGGUCUUCCGCUUGCAAUUGUCGCUAUUGGGAGUAUGAUGUCUAAAAAGGCCAAGACAUCAGUUGAAUGGGCAAAGAUUCGCCGUAGUCUUGCAUGGGAAUUGAACAACCAUCCAUAUCUUGAAGGUGUGAGGGGGAUUUUGUCACUAAGUUUUAAGGAUUUGGUGCCCCUCCUAAAGUAUUGCUUCUUUUACUGCUGUUUGUUCCCAGAGGACUUCAAGAUUCGCCGGUCAAAAUUGAUUAGGUUGUGGGUUGCCGAGGGAUUCAUAGAAGGACAUGAAGGAAUGACAAAGGAGGAAGUUGCCGGGGAUUAUUUUAAGGAAUUGCUUGAUAGGAAUUUAAUUCAUGUGGCAAAAAUUAGUACAAGUGGGCAGGUUAAAGCCUGUCGGGUACAUGAUGUAGUGCGCAAGCUUGGUCUUUCUUUGUCUCAAAAGGAGACCUUUGGGGUGUUUCAAGAUGGAAGAGACAGGAAAUUCGACAAGAAAACUCGGCGUAUCGCAAUCCUAAACAGCACUUUAUGUUCCUCUGCUGAGAUGGAAAUAUCUCAUCUUCGAACACUUCUCUUGUUUGUUGCAUACAGAUCAAUACCUUUAUAUUUUCCUCAGUUGAUGCAUAGCUCACAAUUUUUGAGGGUCUUGGAUCUACAAGGCAUCCAUAUGGAAUACUUGCCUGAGGAAGUGGUACACCUUAUUCAUCUGAGGUAUCUUGGAUUGAGAGACACAGGGAUCAAGAAGGUUCCAAAGUCUUUAGAAAAACUAAGGAGCUUGAUAACAUUGGACUUGGAGGGAUUCAAGGGAGCUUUGCCAAGUGGUAUCUUUAAAAUACAGACUUUGACAUAUUUGAAUGUGGCUCAAUUUGAUGUUGGUUUUGUCAUACCACUGGGUUUGAGGGUUCCAAAUGGGAUAGGAAGUUUAAUGAACCUCCAAACACUAGGAUAUAUUCGAGGUGAUUCGGACAUUGUCAAGGACCUGGGGAACUUGAGACAGCUCAGAAAAUUAAAGAUCCAGUUAGAGAAGAGUGAAGCUGGGAAUGAAUUAUGUGCAUCUGUUCAAAACAUGGAUUCGCUACGAUCCUUAAACAUAGCAUCCUGGGAUGCUGAUGGAAGUCCUUUACUGGUAGAACAUAUAUCACCACCUCAGACACUUGAAAAACUAAGUCUUUUUGGUGCUUUAGGGCAUCUACCAUAUUGUCUUAAAUCUCUUCCGAACCUUCUUGUAUUGUAUUUGGGCUUUUCCAAACUCAGUGAAGACCCACUUCUCAUCCUUGAAACCAUGCCUAAUCUAAGAGGUCUCUAUCUGCGCAGAGCAUAUGUUGGCAAGCAAAUUGGAAGACUUAGUCCAAGCGGCUUUCCUAAACUUCAAAGACUCUGUCUCCAUUACUUGUCUGAGGUAGAAGAAUGGGGAGAAGUGGAGGAAGGAGCCAUGCCACGCCUCUGUCAACUGAGCAUCCAUAGUUGCAAGAAAUUAAGGGCAUUGCCUCAAGGCUUUCAAGGCCUCCGUGCCCUUAAAGAAUUGUUCAUUACGAGUAUGGAAAAUGACUUUGUUUUGCGACUAGAGUGUGCAGAUGGUGAGGACCGUUCCAAGGUGCAACAUGUCGCUGAAGUUUGGAUCAAUGGGAAACAGAUGAACAAAUGAUUGUUGGCUCGCUAGACUUAAGGAGUAGGCCCACAAUCUCUCUGGUUUAUGGCCUAAUUCGUACGUUUCUAUAUCAGCUUGUUCAAUACCCAGCUAGCUUUAUGGCCUAAUUCUUGUGUUUCUAUAUCAGCUUGUUCAAAUACCCAGCUAGCAUUUGCUUUUGAUUCUAACUAGGAUAAUUAUUUUUUAUUUUGUUUCUUUAAUUUUUGCCGACUUACUUGGGAUUUGCUAGUUCACCAUGCACUGUAUUCAUAAGAAAAUAAAGUAUUUAUUGAGGAAAUUGUUUC